AUGCAACCAACAACCAACGGCUCUGAUUCGCAAGUCACCGAACAGAACCAGCAGACGCCGCCACCCCCGCAGCCUGUCCCCAUCCCGCAGCAGUGGGUGCCGAUGCAGUACCCCGCCGCCGCCAUGGUAAUGCAGCACCACAUGAUGCCGCCUCAACAUUAUGCCGCGCCAGCGCCGGCGCCGCAGACCUACGUCGCCUACCACCAGUACCAGCAGCAGCUCCCGCACGUGCCGCACGCACACCAUCAGGGAUCCAGCGCCGAGAACAAGACCGUAUGGGUCGGCGAUUUGCAUCACUGGAUGGACGAAAAUUAUCUCCACCGAUGUUUCGCUUCCACCGGCGAGAUUUCCUCCAUUAAGGUUAUUCGCAAUAAACAGACUGGUCUAUCAGAGGGUUACGGAUUUGUGGAAUUCUAUUCGCAUGGCACGGCUGAGAAAGUUUUGCAGAAUUAUGCUGGGAUAUUGAUGCCUAACACAGAGCAACCUUUCCGCCUGAACUGGGCAUCAUUUAGCACAGGAGACAAGCGUUCAGAUAAUGUUCCUGAUCUUUCUAUUUUCGUAGGAGAUUUAGCUGCGGAUGUUACAGAUAGCAUGUUGCAUGAAACUUUUUCUAAUAGAUACCCAUCUGUUAAAGCUGCAAAAGUUGUUUUUGAUGCCAAUACUGGCCGUUCAAAGGGUUAUGGUUUCGUCAGGUUUGGAGAUGAUAACGAGAGGUCUCAGGCCAUGACUGAAAUGAAUGGUGUUUACUGUUCUAGCAGGCCUAUGCGUAUUGGUGCUGCAACUCCUAGGAAAACGUCUGGCUAUCAACAAGGAAGUCAAUCAAAUGGCACAUCCAACCAAUCUGAAGCUGAUUCUACAAACACAACCAUAUUUGUUGGAGGUCUUGAUCCUAACGUUACUGCUGAAGAUCUUAGGCAGCCAUUCUCCCAGUAUGGGGAGAUAGUCUCUGUUAAGAUACCUGUUGGAAAAGGAUGCGGUUUUGUACAAUUUGCAAACAGAAAUAAUGCUGAAGAGGCGUUGCAGAAGCUAAAUGGAACAACUGUUGGCAAGCAGAUGGUUCGUCUUUCAUGGGGCCGCAAUCCAGCAAAUAAGCAGUUUAGAGUAGAUUUCGGCAGCCCUUGGAGUGGGGCGUAUUAUGGGGGGCCUGUCUAUGAUGGUUAUGGAUAUGCUUUACCACCUCCUCAUGACCCCAGCAUAUAUGCUGCUGCUUAUGGGGCAUACCCUAUUUAUGGAGGACACCAGCAGCAAGUAAGCUGA